AUGCCUUCAGCCACCGGCCCCGUUGUCCAACCUCUCACGCCUCCCGAGGGCUCCAAGAUCAACUUCGGAGCCACCAUCACAGGCAUUGACAUUGAGAACCUCACUGACUCUGACUUUGCCCUCAUCCGUGACGCCCUCUUCACCCACCAAGUCGUAAUCUUCAAAUCCCAAUCCCACGUCUCCCCACGCGCCCAAUACGAGCUCACCAACCGCUUCGAUCCCCUCGCAACCUCUUAUGGUCAUGGCAAAACAGUAGACGCCAAACGCUCCAUCCUCCACCCCGACCUCAAAACAAUCCCCCACCAGCCCCAAGUCCAAGUCAUCGGCAACGGCUUUGUGUCUUCCUACGAAGGCCUUCAAAACAUCACCCUCCGCCACCCCCACCACAAAACCUUCCACGCCACCUCCAUCCCCGAAGCCGACGACCUCACACACACGAGGUUCUACAGAUGGCACAUCGACGCCGCCCUCUACGGCCUCGCCCCUCCCAUCGUGACCACCCUCCUGGCAGUCAAAGUCCCCUCUGGCCGCAGGCAAAUCUGCCGUUACGACGACGGAACAGGGGAUGAGCUCUCCGUCCCCUUGGGAACCACAGCUUUUGUCUCGUCAUGCACCUCCUACGACAUCCUCUCCCCCAAAGACCAAGCCUUUUGCCGUUCCACCCGCGUGGAAUACGCCCCCCACCCCUACAUCUGGAUGUCAGGCGCCAAAUCCCGCUCUGACGGGCUGGGUAUGGUCUCCCAAGGCAAAGAAAUUCCUCUUGGGGACCUCCCCCCUAUUGAACAAGACAAGAUCCAGAUUUUGCCCAUGUGCUGGAAGAAUCCUGUCACGGGAAAGCUAGCGCUGCAGGUGCACCCUUCUGCGAUUAGAAAGUUGCACUUGGCUGAUGGGACGGUGAUUGAGGAUUUGGCGGAGGUGAGGGAGAUUGUGCAUAGGCUGCAGAGGCCGGGGAUUGCACCCGAGUAUGUCUACGCGCAUGACUGGGAGGAGGGGGAUUUUGUGCUUUUCCACAACAGGGGGGUGUUGCAUAGUGUUGUGGGCGCGUUUGCCGAGGAGGAGGUGAGGUUGUUUAGGCAGUGCAAUGUUGCGGCGAGUGAGUUUCCUUUGGGGCCUGAUGAUGAGUAG